GCGCAGGCCCCGGCUGACAGCCGAGACGGCGGCGCGCCGGCUCGCGGCAGCUCUGGGACCCAACAUGCGCGGCACCCGGGGAGGUGUCUGGCUGGCGCUGGUCGCGUCGCUCCUGCAAGUGUCCCUGCAAGGCGAGUUCCAGAGGAAGCUCUACAAGGAGCUGGUCAAGAACUACAACCCGUUGGAGAGGCCCGUAGCCAACGACUCCCAGCCGCUCACAGUCUACUUCUCUCUAAGCCUUCUGCAGAUCAUGGACGUGGAUGAGAAGAACCAAGUUUUAACCACCAAUAUUUGGCUGCAAAUGUCUUGGACAGAUCACUAUUUACAAUGGAAUAUGUCAGAAUAUCCAGGCGUGAAGACUGUUCGUUUUCCAGAUGGCCAGAUUUGGAAACCAGACAUUCUUCUCUAUAACAGUGCUGAUGAGAGGUUUGAUGCCACAUUCCACACCAACGUCUUGGUGAAUUCUUCUGGACAUUGCCAGUAUCUUCCUCCAGGCAUAUUCAAGAGCUCCUGCUAUAUUGAUGUGCGCUGGUUCCCCUUUGACGUGCAGCAUUGCAAACUGAAGUUUGGAUCCUGGUCUUAUGGAGGGUGGUCCUUGGACCUGCAGAUGCAGGAGGCAGAUAUCAGUGGCUAUAUCCCCAACGGAGAAUGGGAUCUCGUGGGAAUUCCAGGCAAAAGGAGUGAGAAGUUUUAUGAGUGCUGCAAAGAGCCAUACCCGGAUGUCACCUACACGGUAACGAUGCGCCGCAGGACACUCUACUAUGGCCUUAAUCUGCUCAUCCCUUGUGUGCUCAUCUCAGCUCUGGCCCUGCUAGUGUUCUUGCUCCCUGCAGACUCUGGGGAGAAAAUCUCCCUUGGAAUCACAGUUUUACUGUCUCUAACUGUCUUCAUGCUGCUUGUAGCAGAGAUUAUGCCCGCAACAUCUGAUUCAGUGCCAUUGAUAGCCCAGUACUUUGCCAGCACCAUGAUCAUUGUGGGCCUCUCUGUUGUGGUGACAGUGAUUGUGCUGCAAUAUCACCACCAUGACCCUGAUGGGGGCAAGAUGCCUAAGUGGACCAGAGUCAUUCUUCUUAACUGGUGUGCAUGGUUCCUGCGCAUGAAGAGGCCCGGGGAAGACAAGGUCCGCCCAGCUUGCCAGCACAAGCAGCGACGCUGCAGCCUGGCCAGUGUGGAGUUGAGUGCGAGUGCAGGGCCUCCUACCAGCAACGGGAACCUUCUAUAUAUCGGCUUCCGAGGCCUGGAGGGCAUGCACUGUGCCCCGACCCCUGACUCUGGGGUUGUGUGUGGCCGCAUGGCUUGUUCCCCUACACAUGAUGAGCACCUUCUGCAUGGUGGACAGCCCUCAGAGGGGGACCCAGACCUGGCCAAGAUCCUGGAGGAGGUCCGCUACAUUGCCAACCGCUUCCGCUGCCAGGAUGAGAGUGAGGCUGUCUGUAGUGAGUGGAAGUUUGCAGCCUGCGUGGUGGACCGCCUGUGCCUCAUGGCCUUCUCAGUCUUCACCAUCAUCUGCACCAUUGGCAUCCUCAUGUCAGCUCCAAACUUCGUGGAGGCUGUGUCCAAAGACUUUGCAUAACAUCACCCAGUUCUAUACACAUAGGAAAUGCACAGAUAGGCAAAGUGGUUGUUGGUGAGAAUUCUGUGUGGUAAACUCACAGCAGCAUUAAAUGUGACAACUCUGAUGUAUCCUUUGUGGCUGUCAAUUGUCAAUCCUGAUGGUUACAGUUUCCUUGUUACCUUCAGUAAUAGGAUCUUAGUAUUUUUCUCUUUGAUAUCUUAUGCAUACCACUGGCACAUCAUUCUGUUCAGCAGGGCCACUGUACAGUCAUUUUGCCCAUUUGUUCUCUUUCUGGAGAGCCAUUUAGAGAGAUCUUUGUGGCUCCAGACUGUCAGGGCAGGCCUGUACAGUUGGUUUUGCAUGCUUGCAUGUCACUUGCCAUAAGGCCCACAUGAAAAUUCAACGAGUGCUUUUGCCUAUGUACAAACCUAGAUUAAAACUAACGAUAAUAAACCACUCACUAAAUCCAUUCUAAUAAUUGACUUGUGAAAGAAAAAAAAAAAACUAAAACCGAUCUGCUGGCUUUUCUGUAGUUCAACUAUAUAUUUUUUCUCUACCAAUGACAGUCGGUAGAGAGAAACAGUUGUAUGCUGUUUAUAGAAGAGAGUGAGACAGACACUGUUUGUGUGUGUAUGUGUGUGUAUCUCGUAAACUAUGUUUAUACCAGCUAAUUUUUACAAACCUAUUCUUUUGAGAAAAAUCAGAGGGACUCAAGUUUGUGUCUAUUGCAAUAUAGGACCAGACCUGGUCAAGUGUGCAUGAGAGGCUGUGUCCCCUGUAGAUCCUAGAUGACUCCCACGCUUCUUGUGCUACCCCUGGACACUGUUCUGUUCUGCAAAAUCCAAAGGACAAAUAGGGUUCUGUGAGAAAUACCAGCUCGAAGGAAUAACUGAAGCUAAGUUACACACUUUAAUGUGCUUUUUAAAAAUAAGAAUGUAUUAGAUGCUUCAUACUUGUUGGAGAUGAUUCGUUUUAGAAGAAUGUCCAUCCAAAUGCACACCGUAAAGUGAGCAUAUUAUUUGGCUUUUUCUCCAUGUGAUAGGGCCAGGAUGCAAGGACUGGGACCUCUCUGGCCCUCUGUGUAGUAAGAACUGGGGAGGGGAUGGUGGCUUUCCGAGAUGCCCAUCAGUAGCAGUCAAAAUGGAGGAGCUGUCAGAACAUCAGAGGCUGCACAGCAAUAAGCCCUGGUUUCUGGCUUUUGGGGAUCUGCAUCCUUAUAGCCUGUUCACCCCAGUUUCAACACAGAAAGUUGGCUCAGGGUUAAUUUGUGAUUCACUGGAGAUGUGUUCUAAAGACAAGAACAAUUUCAAUUUUUUAACCUAAGAGGGGACACCAUAUCCCACUGAAAUUAGCAGGUAGUAAUCACUGUGCCUCUUCUUGUUUGUUGUUGUUUUUAAUGAGAUCAGAAGGUAAUUCACCAAGAAAAACCUCUGUGGUUCUAUUGUAGCAUUCAGUAACUGCUCAGAGCUCAAAACUGUGCUUCUGAGCUCCUAGAAAUCUUUAAGCUGCUUCCAACCACUGAGUGGGGCACAUCAUGAAAGAUUAAAUUUUCAGAUCAAAAUAAAUUGCCAUCCAUUUCACUAAUUUCUGAGUAAUGCCUAUAAAUUCACUUGUUUAGAGGAAAUGAAGGUUUAUGUGUAUUAUGUGUGCAUGGGUGCGUGCAUAUGUGCAAGUGCCUGUGUGUGCAACUUAAGAGGAGAACUUGUUUACAACAAGAAGGUUGAUAAACCACGAGACUCUAGCAAAAUGCUAUUUGGAGCAGGGUCAUCCACCCAUUCUACAUGGUGUGGACAAAUGACGCACAAUGUUGUUUUUGUUUUUCCUAUUGAAGUGUCUUUAGAAACAAAUAGAAGUGUUUGAUUUAAAAAGAGAGAGCUUCGUAUCUUAUUGUUACAUGAAAUUAAUCUCUACCAUAUAUUUUUUUGCUUUAAAGAGAACUUUUUCAUUUUGUAUUUUAUACAGAAAAACAUAAAAAGCAAAUAAAAGUUUAUCAUUUUGACCACCCAAAUAACUAUUCUGUCAUUGAUAAUAAUAAUUAGGAAUUAACUCCCCACAAAAUUAGAAAAAUGUAUAUGGUUAGAAACAGAAACCUUCCUUAUCCUAGUCACUUGAGAAGUUGAGGCAGGAAAUCACAAGUUGGAGGCCAGCCUCAACAACUUGGGAAAACCCUUCCUCAAAAUAAAAAAAAAAUUAAAAAGGUGUGGAAUUGGCACAGAGGUAGAGCAUCAUGUGUUCAGUCCCCUGUACCACAAAACAAAACCAAGCAGCCUCCUCCCAACCCCUUCCCCUUUUUGUCCUCCACAGAGGCCCCUUUUUGUUCUCCACAGAGACUCCUUUUUGUCCUCCACUGAUGAGUUUUCAGAGACAUUUCUAGAAUGGAGGAAAAGAAGGGCGGGGGCUGAAGGAGGAGAGAGUUGGGAAUGGAGAAAGACAUAUUCUAGCCAUCACGCUAUGCAAAGCACUCUGCACCUAGUGUUCUGACUUAAAGAUCUUUCCACAGUGACAAAUGAAGAUCUACCUCUAUUUCUCUAAAUGGCUGCUUAGCAUUCCUUUGCCUCAGUGGACCAUAAUUUAUUUGAAUUUUUUUUCUUUUAUUGGUAAACAUGUAGAUAUUUCCAGUUUUUAUUUUUAUAUGCAAACCUAUACUUAUCAUCUCUGUGUAUAUUUUACCACACUUUUGUGAUUAUAUCUUGGUAGAAAUUCCAGUUAGAAAUGGAAUCUCUGGACAAUAAGGCUUUGUGCAUUUAACAUUUUGAUAGAUAUUGCCAGAUUAUCUUCCAGACACCAAUCAGUGGAUACCCCACCAAGAGUACAAUGAAAGGAAAAAUUUCUUAGCCUUUUAGUGCUAAAUACUGUUGAAUUUAUUUUUUCCCAACAUGGUAAAAAAAAAAAAGAUAUUGCAAUAUUAUUCUGACUUUAGUUCAUUCUAUUGUGAGGUUGAACAUCUUUUCAAAUGGUUUUUUGGCAAUUUCAAUCUUUGUAAAUUUAUACUUUUAUGCAGUUUUUCAAUUGGGUUAUUUGGCUUUAUUUUCUUAAUUCAUUUUCUUAUGCAUGUCAGGCUCUUUCUCUUAU